AUGGGAGCAAUAUAUUAUCAAAAUUAUGGUGAUAACAUUCUUCCACCAGUUUAUCAAAACGUACUUUUUAAAAAAAAUAAUUUAAACUCCGUAAAUUACGGUAUAAUUGGAAGAUUAAUAGGUCAUGAAAUAGGACAUACUUUUGAUAAAGAGGGAAUUUAUUAUGAUGCAAAUGGUAUUCGAAAUAAUUGGUGGAGAAAUGAUUCGAUAAAAAAUUUCGAUGAUCGUGCCAUGUGUAUUGUUGAACAAUAUGGGAAUAACACAAUGCCAGAAAUAAAUGCAAAUGUAAAUGGAAGAUUGACUUUACGCGAGAAUAUUGCUGACAAUAGCGGAUUAAAAGCAGCUUAUCGAGCAUAUAUUAUAAAAUUGAAAUCAUCAAGUAAUAAUGGUGAAAGACUUACUCAUUUAUCCUACAAUUCAAAACAAUUAUUUUGGAUAAGUUAUGCAAAUAGAUGGUGUGAAAAAGUCACUGUUGAGGAUUCAAAACGUGACAUCUUAGACAGUCAUGCAUCUUCAGAAUUUCGAGUAAUUGGUCUGUUAUCGAAUAUGAAAGAAUUUUCGAUUGAUUUUCAAUGUCCAAUUGGAUCCAAAAUGAAUCCAAUAAAAAAAUGUAAAUAA